AUGUUAGUAGUACCUAAGAUUACAGGAAAUAUACCAUCAAAACACACAAGUAAUACAGGUCAUGUACCGCCAGGUAUAAAUUUGGCCGAUCCAUUAUUUUGGUCUCCACAAAAGAUCGAUAUAUUAAUAGGUGCAGCACAUUUUUAUGAACUAAUAUGUGAACGUCAGGUCAAACCCACGGCAGAUGGCCCUAUAUUCCAAGAAACAAGACUCGGAUGGAUAGUUUCGGGAUCGUUACCAGUGUGUAAUCGUAACACGGAGCCGCCAGACAACAUCGCGUGUCACUUUACGUCAAUUCAUACCGACAUCAACAUGACAGUAGAACAUAUGUUACCGUUGUUUUGGCGUAUGGAAGAAUUCAAAGGAAAUGUCACAUACACCAUCGAGGAAAAGGCGUGUCAAAAAUACUUCGAUAGGACGGUGACAAGAGGCGCUGAUUGUCGAUUCAUUGUACGUUUACCGUUCCGUGAAAACGUAUUAAGUCUUGGUAGCUCAUAUGACAUAGCAAAACGUCGACUGCUAGCUCUCGAGCGUCGUUUUGCGAACAAUGAAAAAUUAAAAAAUGAUUACACUUUUUUUCUAGAUGCAUAUAUUCGUUUAGGACAUAUGGAACAGGUACAUGAUAACCAAGUAAAUGAAGAUAAAAGAGAAUGUUAUUUACCACAUCACGCCGUCGUAAAGGAAUCGAGUACGUCGACACGUCUCCGAGUUGUUUUUGAUGCGUCGUGCAAAACUAGUAGUGGUCUAAGUUUAAAUGACGUAGUAAUAAAAGGACCCGUAUUGCAAGACGAAUUGAUAUAUAUACUCGCACGUUUUCGAAUACAUAACUUUGUAUUAUCGGCGGACAUUACAAAGAUGUAUAGGACAUUUUGGGUGGCUGAUGAACAUAGGACGUUUCAACGUAUAUUGUGGCGUACUGAUCCACAGGAAGACAUUAAGAUAUUUCAGCUUAAAACAAUUACGUAUGGGACCGUUGCCGCGUCUUUCAUGGCCACCGGGUGCUUACAUAAACUAGCAGAGUCUCAGGAUGUCGACCCCGUAAUAUCAGAAGUGAUAAAACGUGAUUUUUACAUGGAUGAUUUUUUAGGAGGCGCUAGCUCUUAUGAAGCAGCCAGUCAGUUACGAGACGGUCUAAUCAAAACAAUGCUAUCAGCCGGUUUAGAACUACGGAAGUGGACGUCGAAUAAUAUAAAUUUAAUUAAAGGUAUAUCGAACAACCAGGAAGUUAAUAAAACUAUACCCAUAAGCGACAACAAUGCGAUAACGAAGGUACUUGGUUUAUUUUGGAACUCCGAUAUCGAUGCAUUUCAAUUCGAAGUAAAGGCAAAUAAUUUCACGUCCAUAAAUCAUAUUACAAAACGAUUAAUAUUAUCUGAAAUCGCAUGUCUAUUCGACCCGUUAGGUUUAGUCGGUCCCGCGAUUAUACGGGCCAAGUUAAUGUUGCAACAAUUGUGGCGAUUAAAAAUACAAUGGGACGACUCGCUCCCGAGUGACAUUAAAGAACAAUGGAUUAUGUAUAGAACCUCAUUAUGCCUUUUAAAUAAUUUAAUGAUACCUCGGCAAAUUACAUGCGAAGGCGAUAUCAUAAACAUACAAAUUCACGGAUUUGCCGACGCAAGUAUCGAUGCAUAUGGUUGUUGUUUGUAUUUACGCACCCCCAACUCCAGCAGCGUACACACUUCGAAAUUAAUAUGCGCUAAGUCUAAGGUCGUCCUAGCUUGGAUUACUUCUCCUUCAACUAAAUGGACAACAUUCGUAGCUCAUCGGGUCGGCGAAAUACAAGAACGGACUUCUAUCACAAAUUGGUCACAUGUUAGUACUAAAGAGAAUCCCGCCGAUAUUAUUUCACGCGGUUGCUGUCCAUCGAAAUUAAGUCAAAUGUCAUUAUGGUGGUUUGGACCCGAGUGGCUAAUUAGAGACGAACAGAUACGCAAUAACAACAACAAUACGUCGAAUUUAGUAAUACCUGAAUUAAGAGAAAUCACUAUUUCAAAUGUAUGUAUCGACUCACACAAUGACAACCUUUUAUUAUCAGUCUUAAAUAAGUAUUCGUCUAUGAGCAGAUUGCUCCACGUAAUAGCAUAUUGUUUACGCUAUAAAUACAAUUUAUUACAUAAAGGGUCAAGGUUAACUGGUUCACUUAGCAAGGAAGAAAUUAAAAAUGCCCGUGUCGUAAUAAUAAAUACUAUUCAAAACAAAGAAUUUUAUUCCGAAAUACAAGAUUUAAUGAAAUUAAAAAAUGUCAAAGCAUCAAGUAAAUUACUUCGAUUGUGCCCUUUCAUAGACGACGACGGUUUAAUAAGAGUGGGAGGACGUUUGAAAAAUGCUACAACGAUAGACAUUAAUCAGCGGCAUCCGAUCGUUUUGCCCGCAGAUAAUCAUUUUACGCGCUUAUUGUUCAAAUGUGAACACGAAUGA